AAUGGCUGUUCCACCAGCCUAUGCUGAUUUGGGAAAAUCUGCCAGAGAUGUUUUCACCAAGGGAUACGGUUUUGGGUUAAUCAAACUUGAUUUGAAAACUAAAUCUGAAAAUGGACUGGAAUUUACAAGCUCAGGUUCAGCAAACUCGGAAACAAGCAAAGUUAGUGGUAGUUUGGAAACAAAAUACAGAUGGGUGGAAUACGGAUUGAUGUUCACAGAAAAAUGGAAUACCGACAACACACUAGGCACGGAGAUUACUCUUGAAGAUCAGCUUGCGAAAGGCCUGAAGCUGACGUUUGACUCCUCGUUUUCUCCUAACACUGGGAAAAAGAGUGCUAAAGUGAAGUCAGGUUACAAGCGGGAACACAUCAACAUUGGCUGUGACAUGGAUUUUGAUAUUGCCGGUCCUGCGAUACGUGGAGCCCUGGUGCUUGGCUACGAGGGCUGGCUGGCAGGCUACCAAAUGACUUUUGAGACAGCUAAGUCUAGAGUAACCCAGAGCAACUUUGCUGUUGGCUAUAAAACUGAUGAAUUCCAGCUUCAUACUAACGUGUCAAGACAGAGCUGUAUGGGAAGCUUGCACAAAAUCUGCCUGUAUAACCAGCUCUACUCAGUCCUUUUUAAUCCCUCCUUUUCUUGAGAACCAAGCACAUGCAGUUAUAUGUGAGCUUCAGUCUUAUCUGAAGUAAGUAUU